AGAUUGCCAAGGCCAUCUCAGGGACUGAGGAGUGAAGAGAAGACCUACAGACCUUGAGUUGGGUCUUCUUACAAAGUGGCUCAGGCUGCCCUUCAACACAUUUUGUAGUCCAGGCCAAGAUCCAUGGCUGCUGGGACCAAAAUCAAGAACCUGGAAGCCCAGAUCGCAUCAGGGCAACCGGCUUAUCAGAGAUUACCCAGGUCAGAGACAGUCAUGCUGAUUGCCUUGCCUGCCCCAGCGAAGGAUUACCUCUGUCUGUCCAUCACAGCCUUCUGCUUCUGCAUCGUGCUGGCGAUUCCAGCCCUGCUGUUCUCCCUUAAGCUGAAGAAGAUGAAGAAGUCAUUUGGAGAGACUGUGUACUGCGGGAAGGUGUUUGAGAAGUCACCCGUGCAUGUGAAGAACUUUGGAAUCUGGCUGUGCUAUGACUCCUGCAGUGGCACACACAACAUGUACCGGGAGUACCAGAACCUGACCACUGCUGGUGCAGUCACACAGUGCUACCUAGAUAUGGGUGCCCGACACCAUGCCCAUGCCCACUCCAUCCAGUUCAUGAAGGUGGAAGAGAUUGCAAUUGGCAAAUGCCAUCAGCCAGCUGUCAAGCAGUUCCACUCCAAGAUCAAAUUCCCACUGUCCCACCAUGUGUUGCAGCGCCAGCACAAGCCACGCUUCACCACCAAGAGUCCCAACACCUUCUUCUAGACACAGAGACCCACUGAAUAAAAACUUGAGACUGUCAAAAA